UCAUGGACUGUUCUUGAGUCAUUUCAUUCGAGAGAAGACGUCGUACAAACACACGCAAAUCGCUUCAAGAUGAUUCGUGCAUCGUGUCUCCUGCUUCUAGUCUUUCAAGUCUCUCUGGGUCUAGCCCACGAGCCUGAGGGCAUGCUGGCUGGGGUACUGUUUGCACCCUCAGAGGGUCGCCCCAAGAGGGAUGUGACCGUGCAGGGACUGACAGAGGCAGAGAAAGCAAACAUUCUGGACCGACACAACAUGCAUCGUGGUGAUGUGUCUCCUUCUGCAUCCAACAUGGUUGUACUUCAAUGGAACGACGAAAUAGCGAAGGAUGCGCAGGACUGGGCCGACCAAUGCAUCUUCGCGCACAACCCAAGUGAGGAUCGCAAGACAGACCAAUGGGAUUGGGUUGGCCAGAACAUGGCGAUGGGGUACGGCCAUUCACUGAACAUCUACAUAGAUAUGUGGAACGAUGAGAAGAAGCACUAUAAUCAUGCCACCCAUAAAUGUGACAGGGGAGCUGUUUGUGGACAUUAUACACAGCUCGCUUGGGCAUACACUGAGUUCAUUGGAUGCGGCUGGACUGAUUGUAUCAAAGAAGGAUAUGACAUUUUUGUCUGCCACUACGGCCCUGGCGGUAAUUACGCUUCAGUACGACCAUACGUAGAAGGGACGUCUUGUAGCAGAUGCCCAGCGGGCUACCGUGGUGGAUGUGCUGAUAACUUGUGCCAAGUGGGUUAGCUGAAUGAUGACACCCGGAGACAGAUUGACACCCUUCAAGUAGGGAAUCAAUGUUGAUUAAUAAUCACAAUCAAGGAUCUUCUAUUUCUCUGGUCUAUUUCGUCAAAUACCAAUCGAUAUCAGAAAAUAAAUUGCAUGAUUUGUCAGGUGGACUGUA